GAUUGAUAAAGCUGUCCUUUAAAAAUUGUCUUUCUCAUUCAAGUUGGGUCUUCUGUGGCUGUGGACAGACUGAUAGACAGUGGACACCAGAACAGAAAACCCAACAACAAAAACUACAAUCUACAUUACAAUACUCAACCAAUUCAAGCAAUCAGCAAUCAUCCAUGGCGCUUAAUCUCAUUCCUGUUUCUGCUCCUUUUCAAUGUCGUCGCUUUCCUUCUUUCUCUUCUCGUCUCAGAUCUCCUAAAUUUAUUAUGGCCUCUACCCUCAGCAGCUCUUCUCCUAAAGAAACGGAAAGCCUGAAGAAGCCUUUUAGCCCUCCACGUGAGGUGCAUGUGCAAGUUACACAUUCCAUGCCACCAGAAAAGAUUGAGAUCUUCAGAUCUCUGGAAGGCUGGGCAGAAGAGAACCUCCUGGUCCAUUUGAAGCCUGUCGAAAAAUGUUGGCAACCCCAAGAUUUUCUUCCUGAUCCAGCUUCAGAGGGCUUUUACGAUCAGGUCAAAGAGCUCCGGGAGAGGGCAAAAGAGAUUCCAGAUGAUCUCUAUGUUGUUUUAGUCGGGGAUAUGAUCACAGAAGAAGCUCUUCCAACUUAUCAGACUAUGCUUAAUACUUUGGAUGGAGUAAAGGAUGAAACAGGUGCAAGUCCUACUUCAUGGGCUAUUUGGACUAGAGCAUGGACCGCAGAAGAAAAUAGGCACGGUGAUCUUCUCAACAAGUACCUUUAUCUCUCUGGUCGCGUGGACAUGAGAUCAAUUGAGAAAACAAUUCAAUAUUUGAUCGGGUCAGGAAUGGAUCCAAGAACCGAAAACAAUCCUUACCUUGGUUUUGUUUACACGUCAUUUCAAGAAAGGGCAACCUUCGUUUCCCAUGGAAACAGUGCGCGGCUUGCCAAAGAACACGGGGAUUUGAAGAUGGCCCAGAUAUGUGGCAUAAUUGCUUCAGAUGAAAAACGUCACGAAACAGCUUACACCAAAAUAGUGGAAAAACUCUUUGAAAUUGACCCUGAUGGAACAGUUCUUGCUUUUGCCGACAUGAUGAAGAAGAAGAUCGCUAUGCCAGCCCACCUCAUGUAUGAUGGCCGUGAUGACAAUCUGUUCGAUAACUUUUCUGCUGUUGCUCAGCGUCUUGGAGUCUACACUGCGAGAGACUAUGCCGACAUAUUGGAGUUUUUGGUGGGCCGUUGGGAGGUCGAAAAACUUACUGGCCUUUCAUCCGAGGGGCAAAAAGCUCAGGACUACGUAUGCAGUUUACCCCCAAGAAUCCGAAGGCUAGAAGAGAGAGCUCGUGAGAGAGUUAAGCAAGCACCUUCAAUUCCUUUCAGUUGGAUUUUCGAUAGACAAGCCAAGCUUUGAUUUCUUAAUACCUGAAAUCUAAUCGUUGGAAGUUCACUCUUCUUUGGUGGCAGGGUGUCGUUAGCAGCAUCGCGGUUAUUCCAGGUAAAUUUUGAUUCAUGCUGAUCCAGUAGAUGUGCCCAAAUGUCGUAUUGUUUCGAGGGAGUUUGCUUGUAGAUACAUUUUCUUUUUACGGUUUGAUGACACUUUGUUUCUUUUAUUAGCUCAAAAACAUCGUAUGAUUUGGCGAGGGUCGGGGGCUAGUAGGCUCGUGUUCAAACUCCAAAGAAUUCACAGGUCCUAUUGUAUUUGUUCUCUGGUCUUUCAUUACCGGAAAAAUUCCAGUAUAGCAAUUUUGAA